UUUUUGAAGACCCUGCUCCAGUGCCCUGACAGUACCAUCUGGCCAGAAUGGAUCCAGCAGACCCCGGUCAUUGGAGAGCUGCCCUGGAACAACAGGAAGUGAUGCUGGGGAGACACCAGAACCAGCUGGACUCCGUGUUCAGGGCAGUGGAGUCGCUUUCUGCCAAUUCAGCCGAUCUUGUGGCCCAGACUCAGUCACUCCAGCUGUCCCAGAGCGCCCAUCAACAUUCUGUGACUGUAUCUUCUGCCCCGCCCUCUGCGUCCUCACAUGCUCUUCCCAUCCAAGAGCCCCAUUCGCCUCCUCCAGAAAAGUACUCAGCAUUCUUCUUGAAGACCCUGACCUGGAGUUACACACUGACUUUGGUUCUUUGCGGGAAUGGGACCCGCUCUCAGGGCCUCACGACUGGCCACUUUUCGAUAUGCCAAGGACAUGGCCUAAAAGACCAGCGUGCCUUCAGGGUGCCAGAUUUUUUGUGGCUCUGGAGGCGGGUGGAUUCGAGGUCACAGAAAACCCGUGCGUCGUGGGAGGUGGAAGAUCGUAAACGGCGAGAUGGCUGCUGGCCGUGUGCACAGAGACCCGAGAUGUUUCGGAGCAGAGCUUGGAAAAAUCGACACAAUAAAUUGGCGAGCUGUUUUGUUAUAUCUCCCUGCUCGCUGUGAAUUGGGGACACUUUUUUUUCCCUUAUUAGGGAGAGAGAACCUGUGCAUUUGAUACUGUCAACGUUCAACGUAUGGAAAACGUGCAAGGAGCCGGCUGGAUUCGAACUGGGCACCACUUGCCUCAAAGUCCAGUGCUGAUGCCACUAUGCCACCAGCCAGCUAGUGAGGUGAAUAAGAAGUCAAGGCUGCAGCAGGCUGAUAUGAAUAAAGUGCAGACUAGUAUGGUCACUACCUAAUAUUUAUCAUCAUUGCCACAACACAAGUUUUUUUUAACUGCUCUGCUAUCUAGAUAGAUAAAGAGUGUUACAACAUGGAAAUGGACACUUCAGUUGUGUGAGUCCUUUGGUGUACACAGUGGUUAUCACCAUUCUUUCACUAAAAAGCUACAUUCUUCAAAGAACCACACAGCAAUAAACCAUUGUUUUAAAAAAAACGCUGGAGAACUUCAAAUCUUGUAUUUUUCAGCAACAUUCUGAGGCAUUUCCCACAACCACACUGUCACAUGUUAGGGGUAGAUAGAGUAGUAUAACAUAGAAACAGACCCUUUAGACUGUACAUAUUCGCCCUAUCUGUGCCUCUCAU